GGGUGCGGCCUUUAAUUCAGGAAUAUUGGACAAAAGACAAAUAAAGAAGGGAAUCGAAGGGGAGCAGAGAAGGGGACAGAGGAACGAAGGAGAGACAUCAGGACAGGCGGAGAGAAGCCGAGAUCCGGGAGACAGAGCAAGAUGCCAGGACUGAACAGUUGCUAUUGCUGCUUGUUGCUUCUUGCAGUUUUGGCUGUCGUGCUACCAGCUCUGGGGAAUGUGGUCGUCCGGAGAAAUUCUGAUGAUACAGCCACUACAUCUCCAGAUGCAGAUGAUGCUGGGGUUAAAGUUACUCCAACCCCUGGAGACUGUAAGGAGGUAAAGUAUCCCUGUACCCGCGUGUAUUCGGUACAGAAGCCGGUCAAGCAGUGUAUCAGCUACCUGUGCGUCACCAGCGUCCGCCGCGUUUACAUGGUGAAUAAGGAAAUCUGCACAAAGAUCGUGUGCAAGGAAGACGAGAUCAUCCAAGAUGAAAAAUGCCGCCAGCUUGCCGGGCUCCCCCCACGGCGCCAGCCAGAACCUCAAGAACCUGAGGAGGGAGAAACUGAUGGGAACUAACCACAAAAAAACCACCAUAUAUCAACCCCCAGUAUUAUAGACUCCAGUAGUGGGGUGGUCUUCUGAACACUGAAUCUAGAGCAAUACUGUCAUGUGCACCCCCUUGUUACUUUCCCUGACUCCCAUUACCCAUUCAGUCUCCAUGCAGACCCCAUUUAUGGAUGGUGCGGUGCAAAAACAUAGGUGUUGGUCAUAGCCCCCUCUGACUUCUGGGAGUUGGAAUCUCAUUGGUUACUAUGAGCAAAACCUUCACUUUAAUUACACUUUUUUUCAAGAAUGAGCCCAAAAAUGGGGGUGGGGGUCAUUGCACAAGAGGACACUUUUUCAGAAGGGGAGCAGUAUUAUAGUAGUCAUAUUUGUGUCUAUAAGGGGAGCAGUAUUAUAGUAGUCAUAUUUGUGUCUAUAAGGGGAGCAGUAUUAUAGUAGUCAUAUUUGUGUCUAUAAGGGGAGCAGUAUUAUAGUAGUCCGAUCCUUAUACCUAGGUGCAGUAUGAGAAGUAACAACCCUUCCCCUGCUCCCGGGCAGUAGAUGAUACAAUGCUCAUUACUCAGCACAGGAGAAUACUACGAUCUGUGCUCCACGAGAGGGUCAGUGGGGGAGCUUUACUUGACCAUUCAUCUGUAGGGACUGGAGGUGCUUUUUAGGUACUUACCUCAGCUGGUAGGAGACUGGGCUGUGCACCAGUGACAGGGGGUGGAUAUUAGGGAGUAGUCUACAGGGAUAACUCAGUUGCACUAUGUAAUACACGACAUUUCCUCGCCAUAUAUCUGUGCCUCUGUAUCCCUAUCCAUGUAAUGAUGUGACAAUUACAGUAUAAAGACAUUUACCGAUG